CGGUGCUUCGUCCGGGCUUCUCCCAGUCGCAACAUUAAUCAUCAAGCAGGUGUUGGUUGCAAGUUUUCAAGGUCAGCCACUCGGAGCAGCGAGUCCCUCCCUGAACCUUGGGGAUACAUAGCGCCCGGGUUGGAUUUGACUGAGAAAUGCUCAGGACGCCAAACAAGGAAGGAUCGUAGAGGGGGAGUGUUGUGACCCCAAGACCCAUCCCCCAACACCCCCGUAAUCUCCCGUCCCCCGCUGCCGGGGCGGGGGUUAGUAUGUGACAUGUGCCUAACUCUCAGCGGCAACUUAGGCAGCAGGUGUCGGUCCUAAGCGGGAGCCGCUGCUGCUGGGUGCGCCCUCGCCCAGCCAUGCGGGCCGCGGGCGCACCUCUCGCCCGCACCUCGCGGCUGCUGCUUCUGCUGUUGCUCAAGGUCUCCGCUUCUCCUGCCCUCGGGUCCGCCCUUGCGCCCAGGAAGGAAAACUGUCUGGGAGAAAGCUGUUCACCUACACUGAUCCAGCGUCGCAGCAGGGACGCUUGGGGACCAGGAGAUUCUGCAGGAGACCUUCUGCCAACUCGUGCGCCCAGGGAGGAGGAGCAGGAGGCAGUGGAGCGCUCGGCGCCCCCGUGGGACCUACCGGCCGGUCCCGGCGGUGACCCAGGUGUGGGCAGAGGGGCGGAGGCGUCGGCAGCUGAGCCCUCGGGACCUCCGGCUAGGCCACCUGGAGCCUGGAGGUGGAAAGGUGCCCGGGGUCAGGAGCCCCCUGAAACUUUGGGGAGAGGGAACCCCACGGCUCUCCAGUUCUUCCUUCACACCUCGGAGGAGAAGGAGAAGGGUCCCAGAGGCGCUGGCCUUUCUGGGCGUAGCCAGGAGCAGAGGGCGAGGAAGGAACCCGGAGCCAGCGACCUUUAUUACUGGCCGAGGAGAGCCGGGAAACUCCAAGAUUCUCCCCACGACCCCCAACCCAAGACGGUCCAUGGACCGUCGGGGCACGAAGGGCGGACGAUUGCACCCCCUGGCAGGGCGCUGGCUCAGAAUGGGUCCUCCCUUGAAGGGGUUCAUGAACGCGGGGGUCCCCGGCGGGGGAACAGCACGCACCCACGCUUGCGACUGAAGAACCCCUUCUACCCGCUGACCCAGGAGUCGUACGGAGCCUAUGCGGUCAUGUGUUUGUCCGUGGUGAUCUUCGGCACCGGCAUCAUUGGCAACCUGGCAGUGAUGUGCAUCGUGUGUCACAACUACUACAUGCGGAGCAUCUCCAACUCCCUCUUGGCCAACCUGGCCUUCUGGGACUUUCUCAUCAUCUUCUUCUGCCUUCCGCUGGUCAUCUUUCAUGAACUGACCAAGAAGUGGCUGCUGGAAGACUUCUCCUGCAAGAUCGUGCCCUAUAUAGAGGUUGCUUCUCUGGGAGUCACUACCUUCACUUUAUGCGCUCUGUGUAUAGACCGCUUCCGGGCGGCCACCAACGUCCAGAUGUACUAUGAAAUGAUAGAAAACUGUUCUUCCACAACUGCCAAACUUGCUGUGAUAUGGGUGGGCGCUCUCCUGCUAGCCCUGCCGGAAGUGGUGCUCCGCCAGUUAAGUAAGGAGGACCUGGGCUUGAGCGGACGAGCGCCUGCCGAGCGCUGCGUCAUCAAGAUCUCCCCCGACCUUCCCGACACCAUCUAUGUCUUAGCCCUCACCUACGACAGCGCUAGACUCUGGUGGUAUUUCGGCUGUUACUUCUGUUUGCCCACACUUUUCACCAUCACCUGCUCUCUAGUGACUGCAAGGAAAAUCCGCAAAGCCGAGAAAGCCUGUACCCGGGGGAAUAAGCGACAGAUCCAGCUAGAAAGCCAGAUGAACUGUACAGUCGUGGCUUUGACCAUUUUAUAUGGAUUUUGCAUUAUUCCUGAAAACAUUUGCAACAUCGUGACUGCGUACAUGGCCACAGGGGUUUCCCAGCAGACAAUGGACCUUCUUAACAUCAUCAGCCAGUUCCUUCUGUUCUUCAAGUCCUGUGUCACCCCUGUCCUCCUCUUCUGUCUCUGCAAACCCUUCAGUCGGGCCUUUAUGGACUGCUGCUGCUGCUGCUGUGACGAGUGCAUUCAGAAGUCGUCCACGGUGACCAGUGAUGACAAUGACAACGAAUACACCACAGAACUGGAGCUCUCACCUUUCAGCACCAUACGCCGGGAAAUGUCCACGUUUGCUUCUGUUGGAACUCAUUGCUGAAGGAGUGAGCACAGCCUUGGGUUGGCUUCGCUUUCUUUUUUGUUUGUUUGUUUGAUUUUCAUACCCUGUGAAAGUUUUUAUUCCUAUUUUUCCUUACUGGGAAAAAAAAUGCAAAAGAAAAACAAAAAAGAAAUAUUAACUACUGGUAGAACUGAUUUUGCAAAUUAAUAUUUGUGCUUUGAAAAAGAAGUUUAUAUUUAGUUAUUUAAGAAGUAUGGGAGGCCCAUAGUUUUAGAUCAUUUUAUCUGGUAUGGUGCUAAUAUUUUAUUUGAAAAAAAAAGUGACUGCACCUUAAUUAAUUGCUAACUUACUUUCAUUCUUUUAAAAAGUAUAAUCACUGUAUAUUGGUUAUAGCCAUGUGAUUUUGUAGGCUCUUUUCUGUUUGAGUUGUGAUUGAAAGUAUAUUGUAUGUGGUUUUGUGAGAUGAGUUGUAGUAAGAAGCAUUCACCAAGUAGCACCAAAUAAAUGACACUUUAUUCUUUAACCUCAUUGUCAAUCUACUUUUAACCAAGAUUCAAUAAAUAUUUUAAUUGCCUUAAAUA